UAAGGGGAAUCCAUGGAAUGGUCUCUCAGUCUCAGCUAGUUGAAAAACUUGGAUUUGAUUGUUUUGCUUUUCACUGGCUUCUUUGUUGGGGAGCUCAUCUGUGUUCACCUACAACAGAGACAGAAAAACUGAAAGAUGAAGGUAAAAACUUGUAGAAGUUUAAACCAAAAUAAAAACCAACUUUUGUACCUGCAAAUAUGAUUGGGAUGUUGGUUUGCUGUCCAUCUGAUGCAAAAGGUCAUGGUUCAUGAUACGAGAUCUCAUUCUCACGCUCAUGGUGCUGGUGAAGAAGAAAAGAUAAUGACAAGGAAGCAAAAGGCAGAGAGCAAGACGCAUGAAAAUGAACAAUCGCCUAAGAAAGUUAAGUCUGAAGAUGAGAAUGGCCGGCCCAAUGGGAAAUCUGAAGCCGACCUUGCAGAUGAAUUUGAAGAGUUCUGUAAAGUUACUAGAGAUGGUCUUUCUAUUGAUCAAAUGAAGGAGAUUUUGCAAAUGAAUGACCAAGAUUCUACAGGCCCUGACUAUGAAAUUGCUUCUAAAUGGUAUAACAUCGAUACAGUUUUACCCUUAUCACAUUUGAAUCAUUCUUUUUCAUUCUUGUAUCUUUCUGAGAUUGUUCUCACAUUUGACAGUCAAGACUUACUGUUCUAUGGUGCGCUAGAAAAAUGCCCAGUUUGUAGUGGGAAAUUGGUAUUUGAUGGGAAACGCUAUUCUUGCAAUGGAUUUCUAAGUGAAUGGUCUACUUGUACCUUCAAAACAAAGGAUCCAUCUAGGAAAAAUGAAGCCAACAAGUUACCAGAAUCAGUCUUGAAUUCUCCUGUUUCAGAUUUGAUAAAGAAGUAUCAGAAUCCGGGUCAACGUCCUAAGAGAAAUCUUGGACAGUCGGAUAAACCAUUCUCCGGAAUGACAAUUUCACUCUCUGGUCGUCUUUCAAGAACUCAUCAUUACUGGAGAAAAGAAAUUGAGAAGCAUGGAGGGACUGUCAACAAUUCUGUUAUUGGUGUCAGUUGUUUGGUUGUCUCUCCUGCGGAGAGAGAGCGCGGUGGAUCUUCCAAAGUUGCAGAAGCAGUUGAAAGAGGGAUACGGAUCAUACGAGAAGCUUGGCUGCUUGACAGCAUUGAGAAACAAGAAGCUCAGCCAUUGGAAGCUUAUGAUGUUGCAACGGAUCUCGCUGUGGAAGGCAAAGGGAUCCCUUGGGACAAACAAGAUCCAUCUGAAGAGGCAUUUGAAUCCCUCACAGCAGAACUCAAGUUAUAUGGAAAAAGAGGGGUUCACAAGGAUACUAAAUUACAAGAACAAGGUGGAGAGAUAUUUGAGAAGGAUGGGGUCUUGUAUAAUUGUGCCUUUUCACUUUGUGAUCAAGGCCGAGGACUCAAUGAGUAUUGUAUUACUCAACUGAUCAAAGUACCUGAUAAAAACUUGCGUCUGUUCUAUAAGAAAGGAAAAGUUGGUGAUGAUCCCAAUGCGGAGGAAAGGUUAGAGGAAUGGGAAAAUGAGGGAAAUGCUGUGAAGGAAAUUGUGAGGCUAUUUGAGGAAAUAACCGGAAAUGAAUUCGAGCCAUGGGAAAGGGAGAAGAAGUUUGAGAAGAAACGCUCUUUUUUCCAUCCCAUUGAUAUGGAUGAUGGCGUAGAUGUGAGACAUGGAGGGCUUGGUCUUAGGCAGCUAGGAAUUGCAACUGUUCACAGUAAGCUUGAGCCAGUGGUUGCAAACUUUAUGAAGGUUUUGUGCAGCCAAGAGAUUUACAAGUACGCUCUCAUGGAGAUGGGGCACGACCCUCCGGAGUUCCCGAUGGGGAUGCUGUCUAAAUUUCACCUGGAGAGAUGUGAAGAGGUCCUUCUGGAAUUCAUAGAGAAAGUGAAAUCAAUGAAAGAAACAGGAUUCAAGUCUGAAGCUGUUUGGACAGAUUAUAGUAAUAGAUGGUUCACUCUAAUGCACUCUACCAGACCUUUGAUCUUCAAGGACUAUCAAGAAAUUGCAGAACAUGCUGCGGCGGUGUUGGAGGGUGUUCGAGAUGUAACAGUGGCUUCACAUCUCGUUGGGGACAUGAGCAGAUCUACCAUCGAAGAUCCACUCUCAGAUCGAUAUGAGAAACUGGGUGGUUCUGUUUCACUUCUAGAGAAGGAUUCUGAUGACUAUAAAAUGAUUGCAAACUAUCUUGAGAAAACCUAUGAGCCAGUGAAAGUUGGAGACAUUGAAUAUGGGGUGAGCAUUGACAACAUUUUUUCGGUAGAAUCUGCAGUUCUCCCCAACUACGAAGAGAUGAAGAAACUACCAAAUAAAGUCCUCUUGUGGUGUGGUACUCGAAGUUCAAAUCUCUUGAGGCACUUGCAUAAAGGCUUCUUGCCAGCAAUAUGCUCACUUCCAGUUCCCGGUUACAUGUUUGGCCGAGCGAUCGUGUGCUCUGAUGCUGCAGCAGAGGCAGCUCGUUACGGCUUCACCGCCGUAGACAGGCCAGAAGGGUUUUUGGUGCUAGCCAUUGUUUCUCUUGGGGAAGAGACAACAGAGAUAACAAGCUUACCUGAGGACACGAAAUCACUGGAGGAGAAGAAGGUGGGAGUAAAAGCCUUGGGUAGAAAGAAGACAGACGAAUCAGAACACUUUGUUUGGAAGGAUGAUAUUGGAGUUCCCUGUGGCUCUUUGAUUGCUUCAGAGCACAAAGAUAGCCCUCUUGAAUACAAUGAGUAUGCCGUCUAUGACCCAAAGCAGACGAGUAUAAGGUUCUUGGUGGGGUUGAAGUACGAGGAGAAAGAUGCGGUGAUGGACACACAAGAAUGAAAGGAAACUGGAGCGGUGUUUGUUAAAGCAUGGGCUACAUUAUCUCUCUAACCCUUUUGCACUUCUUUUGUGUUGUGAGUGUUUGAUUCACUUCAUAAUGCACAGAUAUAGUGAUCUCUAAUCUGGUUUCUGUGGUGCUUUUUUCCAGUCUUUGUUAGGUCAGCUUAGUUUGAAAUAGGAAAUCUGAAUAGCAAUAUAAUGUGUUAUAAAACUACGGUCGCCAACUUUUGGUGUGACAGAGCGACAGUGUUGACAUUAGAAUCAAUCUCUCUCAUUCAUUCAUCCCCUUGCAUUUGAAUGGGUAUUAAGUUUUCGUUGUUGAUAA